ACGCCGACAGUCUGCUCUGACACUGCCGUGCUCCCACCCAGAACGCAGAGGUGUGCGGUCGCCGCUGCUGGACGGAGUCCACCCUCUUCAGGUAGAAUCAUCCAGCGCGGGCCGGAGGGGGAGCGUGGAAACCCGCAGAGCCGCUUGCAUGCCAUGGCGAGAAACGGCAGCGUGUGUUCGGCCGCGCGGAGCCAACUGCAGGACUCCUCUGAGUCGGACUCGGAACCGGAGGGGGGUCCUGCUCGUCCGGCGGGAGUCGGACCCACGCCCGGCUCUUUCGCCCGCACCCAGGUGAUCCACAGCGGACACUUCAUGGUGUCGUCGCCGCACAGCGACUCGGCGGCGAGCCGCAGGAAGAGCGGCGGCUCGCAGCGGUACGACUUCGACACGGUGAACAGGACGUGGUGCCAGACCUACCGGUACCACUCCGGGAGCCUGAGCAUCGACCCCACUCUCACCCGGCUGUUCGAGUGCAUGUCUCUGGCUUACAGCGGGAAAAUAGUCUCUCCCAAAUGGAAGUCGUUCAAGGGUCUGCGCUUGCUUUGGAGGGAUAAGAUCCGUCUGAACAACGCAAUAUGGAGAGCAUGGUUCAUUCAGUAUGUGGAGAAGAGGAAGAACCCAGUGUGUGGGUUCGUCACGCCGCUGGAAGGCUCCGAGACAGAAGCUCACCGAAAGCCUGAGGCAAUCAUUUUGGAGGGCAGCUACUGGAAGAGGAGGAUUGAAGUGGUGAUUAAGGAGUACCACAAGUGGAGGAUUUAUUACAAGAAAAGGCUUCAGAAGAAGAAGGAUGACAUCCUGUCAAUGCUGCAGGAGGGGCAGACCUGCCAGGCCAAGCUGGACAGAUGGUCCAGUCAUUCCUACCAGCAACCUGAAGUCGCCCCCGUAGAGGCCCACAUGUUUGACCUGGACUGCCUUCUGUCCGACAUCUCCGACACUCUGUUCACCAUGACCCAGAAACCCUGUCCCUGGACCAGCGACAGACACAACACUUACACAAGCAAUGCUGACAUGAUCCAGCCAGGCCUGACGCCGCUGCAGCCCAGUAUGGAUGAUUUCAUGGACAUCCCAGAUAUCUUUCUGAACUACCGAGGUCAGCCCACUGACCAGAGUGGGUAUGCCGACUGUAGCUACUUUGACGGUCCACCCAGCACGGCUUAUGCUCCUGUUCCAUCUCCUGUUGUGACAGCCCCUCAGCUUCUUAUCGACACCCAGCUGGCUCAGCCUAAUCUGUCUUCUGACAGUCUACCCCAGUCCUCUACAUCCAGCCCUCGCUCAGAGCAGACCAGGGCGAGCCAGGACUGUGGCGAGUACCAUACGUCCAGCAUGGCCUCCGGAGCCAUGUCAUACGGACAUCAGUUGUACCAUGAUGCAUCUGCGUCUACAGCAUACACCAGUAACGCAGAGCAACCUGUCUCUGCAAGCGUUCCUUUCCUUCACCCACUGCCGUGUCACAAGUUCGGGUUGUACACAACGGCGAGCGUGACCUCUACCGUUAUCACUCACACAGCCUCCACCAUGGGAGCUCAGGGCUCCGUGUACCAGGCUCAUACCUACGCUCCGGCAGUGGACCCGUACUCCCAUACCCACUGCCACUCUCUCAGUUACCCGGCUGCCGCGUCGGACCCGGUCCACGCAGCGCUGGCUCCUGUCACAGCGACCCACUGCCUGUCUGUCCCGGAGCAGUUGGUUGUUUCAGGGGUCAGGGGGAAACACAAGCAAAAGACAGGAGGACUGCGGACAGCUGGGUCCCCCGAUUUGCCCUCCAUCCCCCAAUCCACUGCCCCCAUCCCCACCAGCUGCCUGGCUAAGCUGCUUUCCUCCAGCACACAUGACAGAAAACCAACGCUUGGGUUUAAUAGUACCUCUCUGAUGACAACGAAAGGUCAGAGGUCAAAAUCUAAGAGCUUUGUGAAAACAUGUGUUGUUCAGCAGACAAGCCGGGCCGCUCAAGUUGGCGGCGUUUCCUCGACACUGCAGCCUGAAGCUGGUUGGCCUACAGUGAUGACUCCUCCGCUAGGACACAGCGGGCCGCGCGUCAGCACCUCGAGAGGCUCAGCGGUGUCCGCUCUUCUUACCCACGGGUCCACCAACAGCACCGCAGCCCUGCUCAUUCCCAAGACUGAGAAGCUGUCACCUGUUCCUCUCUAUGCCACAGACAGGAGCAGCCUGACAGUUCGGUUCAGUGCUCAUCCAGGUCAAAUCUCUCCACCAAACCCUCUAGACAAAGCCUCCAAUCCCGGCUCCCCACAGUCCGGCUUCUCAGGACAAGGAAAGCUGGAGUCUAAUAAGCAAGCAGAGACCAGGAGGAUAACUCACAUCUCUGCCGAGCAAAAGAGACGUUUCAACAUCAAACUGGGAUUCGACACUUUACAUAACCUGGUGACGACGCUCAGCUCCCAGCCGAGCAUAAAGAUCAGCAAAGCCACGACGCUGCAGAAGACUGCCGAGUAUAUCAGUAAGAUGCAGCAGGAGAGAGCUCAGCUGCACGAGGAGGUUCAGAGACUCCGAGAGGAGAUCCAACACCUGAACUCUGCCAUCAAUGCUUGCCAGCAGCAGCUCCCAGCCACAGGUGUCCCCAUCACACGGCAGCGCUUUGACUACAUGAGGCAAAAGUUCAGAGAGUACGUCCAGGCUCAGACUCUGCAGAACUGGAAGUUCUGGAUCUUCAGUAUCAUCAUUGAGCCUCUGUUCGAGUCCUACAAUGGCAUGGUUUCCACUGCCAGCGUGGAAGACCUGUGUCGAUCUACUCUCUCCUGGUUGGACCAGCACUGUGCCUUGCCUGCUCUUAGACCCAUGGUUCUGAGUUCACUCCGUCUCUUGAGUACAACCACAGCCAUCCUGACUGACCCAAGCCUCCUACCGGAGCAGGCUGCACUCGCAGUGACCCAGGGGGAUCCUGCUCCUGCUAUGGACCACUCCUUACAGCCCAUAAUGCGGCAGUAGUGAGCACAGCUUAUGGACCAAUGAAGAAUACCCUCAAAAGAACAUCCUGUUUAGUGAAGGGACGGAAAUAUGGAAAGCCGCUUCAAAAGUCAUUUGCGUGAUUUCUGGUGGCACCUGAUAUCUAGAAAGUGCAGUUAAGACCCACCUUUAUCAUGUUUAUUUUACGCUACUACAAAAUUUAUGUAUACAAGCUUUAAUUAGUGCCACCUGGAGUUCAAAAAGUAUAUCACCCCUUUUUAAACUGUUCAACAAAACCCAUAUCUAGCUAUCUGUCUAGCUAACUAGCUAGACAGCUAACUAGCUAGAUAGCUAGGACUCAAGACUUUUGUGCAAAGGGUCAGAGUCCACAAUUCAAUAGAAGUCCUUGAAAGGGUAUACUACAGUAUUUGUAAUAACUUAAAAUAACAAAUUAUACAUACUUUAAACAGGUGGAAUUACUUAAUUAUUUUUGUAAAAUACGUGAAUAAUUAUAUGUGAAAAUCAUUAAAAAAUGUGUUCUUUAGCCAUUAGAAGUUAACAAUUUUUUUUCAAAUUAUUUCGUAAUCCAGUUUUGUAGUGCGUUAUAUUUGAUGACACAUAGUGAGAAAAAAAUAUUUCAUAAAUGGUUGACAUGAAGCAAAUACCUGAAGUAAUUGGAUAUGAUUUGGACACAUUAUAAUUUGAGUUUUAAAUGCAGAUUUAAUCAUUUUUGUAUUUUAUAAAUUAUUGACAUACAGUAUUUGUUCAUACACACACAUUUUUUAGGCAUUUAAUGUAUUUAUUGCAGUAUUAUAUUGACUACAUACAUAACUAUUUAGACAAAUGAUUUAGCCCCUUUGUGCCCUUAAUAAGCUCUCAUUUUUUCUUUAUAUUUUCCUUCUGAUUAUAUAUAUUUGUGUAUUGUUGCUUAAUAAACUCCAGGUGGCGCCUUUGACAGCGUUUAUUGAACAGCAGGUAACACGAUUAAUGACAAAACCAGCUUUCCAUAGCGGACAAAACUCAACUGAAAGCCUGAAUUUGGAUUUGAUGCUCACUUCUAAGACUGCUUGUAGUGAAUAAAAGUAAAUCAUAUUUUCAAUUAAACUUCCAACUCACUCAGAACUAAUACUAAAUGUGAUGUACGCUUAAAGUUUUACCGUAUACAUAUAUUACAUAUUGCAUAAGUACAUGUAGCAUACUGUACAUUAAUUUCUGUGACCCAUGUAGAGCUGUCAAUCACUGUAGCAAUGGUGACUUAAUUUUACAUGUAUAUUGUGUGUCUUAUAAUUGUGUUUAAAAACAGUGGCCUUCUACAGUUAUUCUCAGGCUGACUUACAUAUAUAAAACAUCAUUUCUCCCCUUUGCUCAUAAAUAAAGUCAGUGCCUUGUAUCCUG